AGGAAAAGAAGGGAAAACGAAACAAUUAAGGAAGAGGAGGAGAAAAAAAGUUGACGGACUCGUGCGAGAUCGAGCAUCAACAUCGGCGAGACGCGUUUUAAAGUGCUGUGUAACUCUAUUUGUCUGGUGAUGCGUGAUCGAACGACUUGCCUGCCCCGACCAACGGAGGCUGCUGUUACUUCUGCUACUCCCGGCGGUCCCAUGAGUGAGCUGGUACGAAGAGGAUUGUCGGCCGAUCUUGAUGGUGAGGUGAUGGAUCCUGGCUCCUUUGGUUUACCGUGAAAAUUACAUGCGACGGCGUAAGCCGAUAGAGAAGCUGAAAGCUCGUCGUCCCGCGUUGGACCGCGGGAGAAUCGUUGUCGCUGCUCAACUCGUCCGGCGGAAUCGAGCGAGGAUUCUCAUGCACGCCGUGAACUUGCGAGGCAUCCCGCGGUCGAGAGGAGAGAAGGAGCAUGACGUAGUCGUCGGCGAGGGGGGCCCUUGGGAUGCUCCAGACUUCCGGCUAGGGUCGUCAUAUGGAGGGGCAGGACGUAACCACCGCGGACGGCAAUCUGUUACCAAACUUCACGAGUUCCAUCGCCGCCAGCCGCGGUACCGACGAUUUCUUUCAGGGCUUUCCCGGCAAGAACUCGCCCUACACCACUGCUCAGGCAAUACUCAUCGCCUUGGUGCUCGGCAUCAUCAUCGUCGGCACUGUGAUCGGGAAUAUCUUGGUGUGCGUCGCGGUAUUCCUCGUUAGAAAGCUACGUAAACCUUGCAACUAUCUGCUGGUCAGCCUGGCGGUCAGUGAUCUUUGCGUAGCCCUUCUGGUGAUGCCGAUGGCGUUGCUAUACGAGAUAUCAGGCAACUGGUCCUUCGGCUGGAUCAUGUGUGACCUCUGGGUCAGCUUCGAUGUGCUCAGUUGCACCGCCAGUAUCCUCAAUCUCUGCAUGAUAUCCGUGGACAGGUACUGGGCGAUUACGAAGCCGCUGAAAUACGGGGUGAAAAGGACGCCACGCCGGAUGAUCGUCUAUGUCAGUCUUGUUUGGCUGGGGGCAGCCUGCAUCAGCCUACCGCCCUUGCUGAUAAUGGGAAACGAGCACUCGUACUCCGAGAACACCGGCGCUUCGCAUUGCGUAGUUUGCCAAAACUUUUUCUAUCAGAUCUACGCUACCCUCGGCAGCUUUUACUUACCGCUCAUCGUCAUGAUUCAGGUGUACUGUAAAAUAUUCUGCGCUGCGCGCAGAAUAGUCCUCGAGGAGAUAAGAGCGCAGCUUCACCUGGAGGUGCACUGCCAUCUUGAUAUGGAGCCGGCGACCGUCUCGCAACACCCAACACCCGCCGUCAUGAGCCGUCAAUUCAAUUCCGACAUACAGAGCAGUCCAUCGGUGAAACAACACAGAAGUUCCAGCGCGUCCACUACGGUGCGUUUACCACCAGGCUUUAGGGUAAAGCAGAACAAGCGGUAG